CCUCGGCCCGGCCCCGCACGGCCCCGCUCGGCACGGGGGUUGCCAUGACAAGCAUUUUCUCCCGUUAGCUCCGGGACCGUUCCCCCUCCAUCCCAUGGCCAGCCGGGGGGGCUCCGCCGCCAGCCGGGCGCCGUGGGAGCUGAGCCGCUCCAGUUGCUGUGGUAUCCAGGGAGCCCUCCUCCUUCUGCAGGAGAUGCACGCUGGUCGUUGCUAAGGUCGCCUCCGCGGUAACAUGCACAUCCUGUUUACACCUCUAUCCGGAGAAGUUGGGCUCGGUUAGAGGCACCUGCUCCCCCCAGGGAAGGGGCCGCACGGAGCGUCCCCCCCAGCUGGACCCUCGAGGCAGCCGCGAGGCGCCGGCACCGGCACCAUGACGAACAACGUGGUCGACCACCACCCCGGGAACUCGGUGGCCGAAGGCAACCAUGAGGGGGACUUCGGGUGCUCCAUGGUGGAGCUCAGGAACCUCAUGGAGCUGCGGAGCGCCGAGGCCGUGGCCCGGCUCAACGACUCCUACGGCGGCGUGCACAACGUCUGCAAGCGGCUCAAGACGUCGCCCGUCGAAGGCCUGUCCGGGAACCCGACCGACCUGGAGAAGAGGCGGCAGGUCUUCGGCCAGAACUUCAUUCCUCCCAAAAAGGCCAAGACGUUCCUGCAGUUAGUGUGGGAGGCACUCCAGGACGUCACGCUGAUCAUCUUGGAAAUCGCAGCCAUAAUCUCCCUGGGCCUGUCCUUCUACCACCCCCCGGGUGGGGACAAUGAACUGUGCGGGCAGUCGACGGGCGGCGUGGAGGACGAGGGCGAGUCGCAGGCCGGCUGGAUCGAGGGGGCAGCCAUCCUGUUCUCCGUCAUCAUCGUGGUGCUGGUGACCGCCUUCAACGACUGGAGCAAGGAGAAGCAGUUCCGGGGCCUCCAGAGCCGCAUCGAGCAGGAGCAGAAGUUCACGGUCAUCCGCAAGGGGCAGGUGAUUCAGAUCCCGGUGGCCGAGAUCGUGGUGGGAGACAUCGCGCAGAUCAAGUACGGUGAUCUCUUGCCAGCGGAUGGGAUCCUGAUCCAGGGCAAUGACCUGAAAAUAGACGAGAGCUCGCUGACUGGGGAGUCAGACCAAGUCAAGAAAUCCAUGGACAAAGACCCCAUGCUGCUGUCAGGUACCCACGUGAUGGAGGGCUCUGGCAGGAUGGUGGUGACUGCCGUGGGUAUCAACUCCCAGACAGGAAUCAUCUUCACUCUCCUGGGCGCGGGAGAAGGAGACGAGGAGAAGAAAGUGAAGAAAGGUAAAAAAAGCGGAGCCCCCGAAAACCGCAACAAAGCUAAAACUCAGGAUGGUGUGGCCUUAGAAAUUCAGCCCCUGAAGAGCCAGGAAGGGGUGGAAAAUGAGGAGAAGGAGAAGAAGAAGGUGAAGGUGCCCAAGAAGGAGAAGUCUGUGCUGCAAGGGAAGCUCACGCGCCUGGCAGUGCAGAUCGGGAAGGCAGGGCUGAUCAUGUCAGCCAUCACCGUCAUCAUCCUGGUGCUGUACUUCGUGAUCGACACGUUCGGGGUGCAGAAGCGGCCCUGGCUGGCCGAGUGCACCCCCAUCUACAUCCAGUACUUCGUCAAGUUCUUCAUCAUCGGGGUCACCGUGCUGGUGGUGGCCGUGCCCGAGGGGCUCCCGCUGGCCGUCACCAUCUCCCUGGCCUACUCCGUGAAGAAAAUGAUGAAGGACAACAACCUCGUGAGGCACCUGGAUGCGUGCGAGACCAUGGGCAACGCCACCGCCAUCUGCUCGGACAAGACGGGCACGCUGACCAUGAACCGCAUGACCGUGGUGCAGGCCUACGUGGGGGACACCCACUACCGCCAGAUCCCCGACCCCGAAGCCAUCCUGCCCAAAAUCCUGGACCUCAUCGUCCACGGCGUCGCCAUCAACUCGGCCUACACGUCCAAGAUCCUGCCGCCCGAGAAGGAAGGGGGGCUGCCCCGGCAGGUGGGGAACAAGACGGAGUGUGCCCUGCUGGGCUUCGUGCUGGACCUCAAGCAGGAUUACCAGGCCGUGCGCAACGAGGUGCCCGAGGAGAAGCUCUACAAGGUCUACACCUUCAACUCCGUGCGCAAGUCCAUGAGCACCGUGCUGAAGAACAGCGCCGGUGGCUUCCGCAUGUACAGCAAGGGGGCCUCCGAGAUCAUCCUGCGCAAGUGCACCAAGAUCCUGGACAAGAACGGCGACCCCCGGGUGUUCAAGGUGAAGGACCGGGACGAGAUGGUGAAGAAGGUGAUCGAGCCCAUGGCCUGCCACGGGCUGAGGACCAUCUGCCUGGCGUUCCGGGACUUCCCUGGGGACGCUGAGCCUGACUGGGACAGCGAGAACGAGAUCCUGUCUGACCUGACCUGCAUCGCUGUGGUGGGCAUAGAGGACCCUGUGCGGCCAGAGGUGCCGGAUGCCAUCCAGAAGUGCCAGCGUGCGGGCAUCACCGUCCGGAUGGUGACAGGGGACAACAUCAACACUGCCCGUGCCAUCGCCACCAAGUGUGGCAUCCUGCUGCCAGGGGAGGACUUCCUGUGCCUGGAGGGGAAGGAGUUCAACCGGCUCAUCCGCAACGAGAAGGGAGAGGUGGAACAGGAGCAGCUGGACAAGAUCUGGCCCAAGCUGCGGGUGCUCGCCCGCUCCUCCCCCACUGACAAGCACACUCUGGUGAAAGGAAUUAUUGACAGCACCGUUGGUGACCAGAGGCAGGUGGUGGCCGUGACCGGGGACGGGACCAACGAUGGCCCAGCCUUGAAGAAAGCAGAUGUUGGGUUUGCCAUGGGCAUUGCAGGCACAGACGUGGCCAAGGAGGCCUCGGACAUCAUCCUCACCGACGACAACUUCACCAGCAUCGUCAAGGCCGUCAUGUGGGGCCGCAACGUCUACGACAGCAUCUCCAAGUUCCUGCAGUUCCAGCUGACUGUGAAUGUUGUGGCCGUCAUUGUGGCCUUCACGGGCGCCUGCAUCACCCAGGACUCCCCCCUGAAGGCUGUCCAGAUGCUGUGGGUGAACCUGAUCAUGGACACCUUCGCCUCCUUAGCCCUGGCCACGGAGCCCCCGUCUGAGUCCCUGCUGCUGCGCAAGCCCUACGGCCGCAACAAGCCGCUCAUCUCCCGCACCAUGAUGAAGAACAUCCUGGGCCACGCCGUCUACCAGCUCACCAUCAUCUUCACACUGCUCUUUGCAGGGGAGAAGUUCUUUGACAUCGACAGUGGCCGGAACGCCCCCCUGCACUCGCCCCCCACCGAGCACUACACCAUCGUCUUCAACACCUUCGUCAUGAUGCAGCUCUUCAACGAGAUCAACGCCCGCAAGAUCCACGGCGAGAGGAACGUCUUCGAGUCCAUCUACCGCAACCCCAUCUUCUGCACCGUGGUGCUGGGCACCUUUGCAGCCCAGAUCAUCAUUGUGGAGUUUGGUGGGAAGCCCUUCAGCUGCUCUGGGCUCACCCUGAGCCAGUGGUUCUGGUGUAUUUUCAUUGGAGUUGGGGAGCUCCUGUGGGGCCAGCUGAUCUGCACUGUCCCAACCAGCCACCUGAAGUUCCUGAAGGAAGCUGGGCAUGGCAUCACCAAGGAGGAGAUCCCAGAGGAGGAGCUGCCUGAAGACGUGGAUGAGAUCGACCACGCUGAGAUGGAGCUGCGGCGUGGGCAGAUCCUGUGGUUCAGGGGUCUCAACAGGAUACAGACACAGAUGGACGUAGUUUACACAUUCCAGACCGGCGCCUCCUCUUUGCAGGGAGCCCUCAGGAGACAGCCUUCCAUCGUGAGCCAGCACCACGAUGUAAAAAAUGUUUCUAGCCCAACCCAUGUAGCUCUUUCCUCCGUCAAUUCCACUCCCACCACUUCUGCUGUUGCUGCUGCUGCUGCAUCUCCUCCUGCGGGCAAUCAAAGUGGUGAAUGCGUUCCGUAGCUCCUUGUACGAAGGCCUCGAGAAACCCGAAUCCAGAAGCUCCAUCCAUAACUUCAUGACUCACCCAGAGUUCAUCCUGGAGGAAGACGAGCCUCGAACACCAUUCCUUGACGGCGCUGAAGACGACCCCGAGACUGACGGACUCCUGAAGCGCGGUGGGGGGAGCCUGGGUGGGCCUCCAGCCCUGAACAGAAAUAACAAUGCAGUGGACAGCGAUCGAGCUGAGCUCUCCAUCCCGGAGCCCGAGAGCCCCUUCCACAGCCUGGAGACAUCGGUUUGACCUUAGAACUUGGAACCCCACCUCCUCCUCCUCCUCCUCCUCCUGCACCUCGGCCCCUCGCCCGGUGUGACGUUGGCACCAGUAACUGCUCACACCUCGUGUCAAACUGCUCAUACGUAUAUCAUUGGGGUGUUUUUUUCUCGGGGGGGUUGUUUGUUUUUCUUUGUUUUGUUGUUUUGUUUUGUUUUUUUACCAUGAGUUAGCAGUGGGAACCAGAGUACCAUGACGCUGGGUGUUGGGAGAGAGGCUAAGCCAAACAACUGUGCCAUCUCCAUCCCUCGUUUUCCGUGGUACUCGCCCAGGUGAAGCAGCCAGGUUCUUUCCUCUCCAAGAGUUGGGCUCCAGGCGUCUGUCUGUUGGGGGGUUUCACUUUGCAAAAUGCAUGAUCAAAGGAAAUUCAAGUUGGUGUAGUCUUACAUGCCCACCCUCAGCCCGAGGGCUGGGCUGCACUUGUGACUUUUAUUUUAUUUUAUUUUUUUUCCACUUGUGGUUUUUAGGGUUUUCUUCUAACGUUGGGGUUUGUUCUUUGCUCGUGGGAUUUGCCCCCAGGAACUCUGCAGUGGGAAGUGGGGGCAGUCAGCACUCUAGUGCUAAAACUAAGAAAUAAACAAGCAAACCCAGCCAGGGGAAGGUGUUUACUUACAGGUUGAGAGGUACAGGGAUGUGCACCAGUCUUCCACCUUGAAAAAUGGUACCUGACCUUUCCAGCUCCUCCUCCGUGUGUCCACACACACUUUUCUCUCUCUGUUUCCAAAUUGGUAGAUGAGGAAUGAAGGUGACUUGGCUGUGACUUUGCUGGAUGGAAAAGAUUCUGAUUUUUCUACAAAGGUGGAGGUGAACUGGCAGUGAAAAAGUGGUGGGGAAAAAACCCCCCAAACCAUGGUUGUGAGAGAUGUGGCUCCUUCCUGGGAAAUCUUAAGAGAGGCCUCUCUGCUGCUCUUGGUCAGGUGUGAAACUCUUGGUGGGAGCUUUGCCAAGGUUUUACUGCUCCUGCCAUCGAGAGCAGGGGGAUUUCUGCCCAUUCUGGCUUUUCUGGGCUGUUGGGUUAAAUAAUCCUUCAGCCUUGGAGUGGCAGCUCCAGAGAACUGCUGAGGAGCCUCAGAGGAUGCUCAAGCUGUGCCCAGGAUGCUAAAGCUUUACCAGGCUGAACAGAGAACAAGCAUCGGGGCACUGAGAGCACAGUGGGCCAACUCCCGAGUGGUGGAAGGGAUGAAUUAGGCUGUCUCAUUGUCCCAUGGAAAGGGGGGAGGCUCCAUGGCCAGUGGAGGACCCUUGGCUUCCUGGAGCUGCUUUGCCAGAGGAGGUGGCAGUUGCUUGGUUGUCUGCAGAUCUUCCAGAGAAGGUGCUGUUGGAGGCUUGGCCUCACUUGCUGCUUUUUUGAAGGUCAUCUCUUCACCCUGUGUCCUGCCUCACCUCCACCUCUUGGAACCAUUUAGGGAGAGUCCUGUUUUUUGGAGCAGAGGCCCCGGUUGGCUCUGAACUGCCCCUCUGGUGAUCCAUGGCCCUGAGCAGGAGGCAGGCUUUGCUUUGCUUGAGUUCCUUCCCCAGGGCUGUGCCCCCUGGGCGGGCAGGGCUGGAGGAAGCUCCGCUGCCUUCCUUCCCUCCUUCACCCCGUUUGGCCUGGUUGGAAGCAGAGAGAACCUGGUUGUGACUGGCUGUACAACAUCACCUUUGCCCGGCUCCACCCCUGGGAGCAGUGGGGUUUUAGGGGCAGGGUGGGCUGGGCUGGUUCUUCUUUCCUUUCCUUUCAGAACGCACAGCAGAAUCUCCCGUGCCUUCUCCGAGCACUGCCUGCAGCACCUCCUGCCACGCCAGGGCCCAGUACUUUGCCAAGAAAUAAGUGUUCCUUAAACCACAACACGAACCAAGUGUCUUUGUUUUGUUCCCAGCCCAGCACCCACCCGUCCCUUCCUUGGGGUGGGAGGAGGGAAGGACGAGGCCGCCCCAUCCCUGCCCCAGGUGGCUGAGGAAAGGUCCUCGUCCCACCCCUCGUGCCUCGGGGAAGGGGGAAGGCUGGGUGAAGGCUCUACACUGCCAACAGCCAGAAGAAAUUGCCACCACUGCCCAUCCCAGUUGCAAAUUCAGUGUCACCCCCUGCCCAUCGCUGCCCUCCCCGUGUCCCCCUCCCCUCCCCAGGACCCACUGUGGGCAGGACCAGGAGGGGUGCGGGCGGUUCUCGGGUUCAAACGCGAGUUGGCGACAGGAAAGACCGAAAGGGGGGUGGUUGUGGGGUUUGGUUCUGUGCUAAAGGUGACAUUGCUUACAAAAAAAAAAAAAAAAAAAAAAAAAAUUCACUUUUUUUUUUUUUAAAUACUUGCAAAAAAAAAAAAGAAAAAAAAGAAAAAAAAAGGUGAAAAUAUGGUGUUCUUACAAGCUUACAUAAAUAUUUAUUAAAUACUUUUUUUGGGGGGGUGGAUGCACCGAUUUAUUUUGUUUUUUUUUUUUCUUUUGAUAUUUUUUUUAAUACCUCAGACCUGUUUGAAAAAUAAAAAAAAUAAAAAAAAAAAGACUUCAACCAACCAAAAGCCAAGUUUGGAGGCUCUCAAAGUCACUCCCAGAAAUCUGUGACUGGCAAGUUGUCACAAGGGUCUGGUCGUUCUUCAGUUGCUCUAUUUUUGUCGUUCUAGUUUUCCAUAUUAGAAGGGAGAGAAAUAAUUAUAUAUAAAUAUUAUGCAAAAAAAAAAUAAAUCUAGUUUUCUUUAGAUCAGAAACUGAUAUUUUUACGUCAGCCAUAUGUAUUUUGUUUAAAGAAAAGUAAAUAAAUAAAUCUCGAGUCCCGGCGCGACUGUGUGACGGCAGGUCCAAGGGACAGGUAAUUAAUUCUGUGGAUUAAUUAAUUCAGCCAUCGGAUGCCAGUCAGCUUCCUUUUCUCUGAGCAGCCAUCUUUCUACUAGACGUUAGUUGGAUGACACAAAUGGGGUUUUUUUAAUAUAUAUAUAUAUAUAAAUUAUGUUGGUAUGGCUGGUUGCUUCAAGUAUAAGCGUUUCUUGUGCGUACAAAUUUCCUGUAAAGUAUUUUGGGGUUUUGUUUUGUUUUGUUUUUUUUUAGUUUCAGUGAUAUACUGGCAGCAGCUGACUCUUAAGGCUUAAGUUAUUGAGGACAUUGCAAAAGAUUUGGGGGAGAUUGGUGCUCCAAAAGGCAUGGUCGGCGGCACGAACUUUUGGGGACUCUCUGCAACAUGCCUUGACUAGGGGGAGAUAUAUAUAAAUAUAUAUAUAUAUUAUUAUUAAUUUUUUUUUUCUGCUUUGUUUGAACUGCCACGAGUGCACACGGGGACAGUGCCCGACAGGAACCGAAGUCAUACCCUAUGAUCCGUGUUAACUUGCCUUGGAAUGCUUUGUUAUUAAAACACUCUGAACAUAAUUUUGCAUCCAGUUCUUGAUCCCAGGAGGGUCCCUGGUGGUGGAUUUUUUCUUUUUUUUCCUGUGGAAUAAAUUGGCGGAUUGGUACCAAAGACAUCCCACCACGCCCUGUGUGCAUUGCUCACCAGGCAGCUUCUGAGACGUUUGCAUUCUGUGCUGAGGUUUCCUUUCUGAUUUGCACAGGGGGGUUUUACUUCGUUUUCAAAGGUUUCGUGCAAUAAGCUUCGAGGGAAAUUUCGGAAACAAUCUCAAGAAGGAAAAAAACUAAACCGAAUUUUAGCAUGGGCGGCCUCUGGCUUUCCCCCCUCCGCGAGGAGUCCUCGGCCCGCAGUGCUCAGCCCCAGCUGCUGGGGGUGGCACGACAGGGUGACUGGAAAAGCCCCGUCCCAAAUCCAGGGAGGGCAUCUCCGAGUUGCCACGGCCCAGUCCUGCUGCUCUCCGUGGCUGCAGCGACCACACCAAAGCCCCUGGCAGCUUUUGUGGGAGGGCGCCUGUACCUGCAUCGCGUCCCACGAGUUCACGGACGUGGAUCCCUAAAACACCCCCCCUGCACUCCCAGCUCUCCCCUUGGAGCACAGGGAUGUGGGGAUGCCUCUCUCCUGCUCCUGCCCCCAACAGAACCACCCAGCCAGGUGGCUUUUGGCCCCUGGUUCUCCCUCUCCAGCAUCCUCCCCUUCCCUUGCUGAGCUCUGCUCUCCUCCCACUCCCCAAACCCCCUGGUUUUCAUCCAGCAAAGCCCAUGGCUAAAACUGCCUUUAGUUUAUUUCCUCCCCUUUAAUAAAUAUAUAUAUACAGUAUGAAAUCAACAUUUAUGUGUGUGUAUAUAUAUUUAUCCCGUGCUCUCACAACAAACUUCCCUUCGAAGAGGGCACGCAGAGCCGAGUUUUUCUUUUCCAGUAACUAAGUAUAAUAAGCACUGGUAUUUUUGUAUAAAAACAGGAGGAAAAAAAAUACAAAACAAAAGACUGAAUAUUAUGUGGUAUGCAUGACAUUAAACAACAACAACAAAAAAAAUGGUGGUUUCAAAGCAAUAUGUACCCUGGUGUGUUUGCCAUAUCCUAAUAGAGUCCAGCUUAAAGUGCACCUGAUCUGUAUUGCAUUUUGAUAUUAAUCUCUAUGUACAAUGUUUUGCAUGUAAUUUAUAUGGUUCUUGGGAGAAAAGAAAAAAAAAAGAAAAAAAAAGAAUCUGAA